CCUUGUCGAAUUGAUCGUUCUUAACAUUGGUCUGGAGGCUGGUGUCAUUGACGGAAAAGUCUUUGCAAUUCUUGUGGUUAUGGCCAUUGUAACAACUUGUCUCACAACACCUCUUGCAUUGAAAGUAUUCAGAAAGUCUGCAAGACAAGAACGACCCAACUUGGAGCUAUCCUGCACUACCAUCGAUUACUCUAAGAAGAACAAUAUACUCGUCGUACUAAACAAAGCAGAAUUUAUAUCGUCUUUGAUGACUCUACUUCAGCUCCUCCAACCAACUGCGUCACGACGCGAUUCCAUGUCUAUAUCUCACGACGGGAAUAACUCAAACAGAUCAAAUGGCUCCGAUGAUACAAUAAUGCUUCAUGUUUUGCGUCUAAUGGAACUGGGCCAACGUCUGUCAGCAAUUAUGAAGUCGUGUGAAAGCGCCAACAUUGCCCAUCACGAUCCUAUCAUAAACGUGUUUCAUAUGUUCGGUAGGCUAAACUUUUUUGAUGUCGAAGCCACUUUAUCGUUUAGACCAUUUCACAAGUUUGCAGACCAAGUCGUGCAAAGCGCGAAACAAUCAUCAGCUAAUCUUGUAAUAAUACCCUGGAAUGGGGCUGGCUCGACUGCGUACGAUACACCUGAAGACUUUUAUAAGCCUCGUGAAUAUUCAGACACUAAUCCUCAGGUAGCUCAAUUCAUACAAGAGGCAUAUAGAGUAAUUGAUGGCAUAACAGUAGGCGUAUUCAUCGACAGAGGCCUCGGAAUGGCUCCGGGUAGACCCGGGUGUCGAGAUGUUAGUAUUUCGGUAUUCGUUCCGUUUGUUGCUGGCUCUGAUGACCGCGAAGCACUAUUACUACUCGCUCGAUUGGCAGAGAAUCCACGUGUCGACGCAACAGUUCUAAGGAUAACAAAGUCAACAGAGCCAACUGAUAACGACAGUCGACUAAUACCUGUAUCCACACCAACAAUGAGGACGGUACAGAUUAACCCCGAUGAUACACGGACUGAUGAAGAGGGACCAGUCAACCCACAUAUAGCAAAUCUACAAAAACCUCCACCAGCUCAUCACAUGUCAUCUGCUUCGAUAUCCGUUAUUAACUAUUCUACGGCUGAUCGGAUAGCAUCUAAUGCGGCCGAUGAACUACUUAUUGACAAGUAUUUUGGUCCUCAUGGUUCGCUCAAUUCUAAUCCGCGCGUAAAGUACAUUUCUCUGAGAUCUGCUACACCUAUGCAAACUGCUGUUGAGUAUGCGAAGGAUGUAGUUGAAAGGAAAGACCUUGUAAUAGUUGGACAUGGACAACACAAUGUUACUUAUAGUCAUCGUGAUGAGUGGAUGGAGAUAAUUAGACAAUUGAGAAUCAGUAGUAAUGAUAUGCGUAGGAGUCUGGGUGAAAUGGCCACUGCUAUGCUCGGUGGUGGUGUAGAAGCGAGCAUAUUUGUUGUUCAAGGAAAGAAGGAGAAUAGGUAA